GGCCGAUGAGGUUUUAACCUGGAAGGGGCGGGGCCAGCUGUAAACAUUAGCAACCACACAGAACGCUCAAGAGCAGUUCAUCUAACUUCACACGAAGGCUGCCUGUAGAUCCAACAACACGAAUCUGUAAACAUUCAAGUGGGACUGUAUCUGGUUUUUCGGGAUAACCAACCAUUGUCGUGAAGCCAUCUUUGGCUGAGCGAUGCCACUGGCCCCCAGCUGCGACUGCCCCCACCUGGACUGUGUGGGGGAGAUCACCAAGGAGGAACUUAUCCAGAAGUCCCAUGGCCAGUGUCAAGACUGUAAAGUUGGAGGGCCGAAUUUGUGGGCGUGUUUGGAGAACGGCUGUGCGUAUGUAGGCUGUGGAGAGUCUCACGCUGACCACAGCACAGGACACUCGCAGGAGACAGGCCACAACCUGACGGUGAACCUGACCACACUUCGAGUGUGGUGUUACGCCUGCAGCAAGGAGGUCUUCCUGGACCGUAAACUUGUCGCUCAGGCCCCUCAGUUCAACAGCAAGCCCCUCCCUUCCUCUCAGAAUGCCGCUCAGGCUAACAACAGGGCCGCCAUGAGCCCCGCCUCGCUCAGAGUGUCCUCGAACGGUGUCUGUGAAGACCUGGAGAUGGAGACGGAGGAAGAGGACGACGUCCGGGCUCGAGGCCUGACCGGACUGAAGAACAUCGGCAACACGUGCUACAUGAACGCUGCCCUCCAAGCCCUGUCCAACUGCCCGCCCUUGACGCAGUUCUUUCUGGAGUGUGGCGGCCUGGUGAGGACGGACAAGAAGCCAGCACUGUGCAAAAGCUACCAGAGGCUUGUGUCUGAACUUUGGCACAAGAACAGUCCCUCCUAUGUGGUCCCAACCAAUCUGUUCCAGGGAAUCAAAGCCAUAAACCCAAUGUUCAGGGGAUAUUCUCAACAGGACUCGCAGGAGUUUUUGCGCUGCUUGAUGGACCAACUUCAUGAGGAGCUGAAGGAGACGCUGCCUGAGCCGUACGAGCAGUCUACCGGCGUCACGGUAGACGAUUGCCCGGAGGAGGAGAACCGCAGCCAAUCGGACAACGACUUUCAGUCAUGCGAGUCAUGCGGCAGCAGCGAGCGGGCUGAUAACGAGGCGCAGCCUGCAAGCAUGCUGAUAGACGACAACGAAGCGGAGAUGCUGAUUCCCGAGCAAGAUGACAUCCAGGCCAACAGGGAGUGGCAGAAGGAGAAGAACAUGAUCAAUGACAUCUACCGCUGUGGAGUUAACGGUGUCAUGGCAGACAACAGCGCAGAGGACAUGGACAAGGAUGUAGACACCACCGCAGAGACCACGCCCAUUAUCAGCAGUCAGGGACACAUUAAGGUGCAAAGCAGGACAUCAGAAUCUUUUCCAGACAUCCAAAUGUCCAACAUUGCAAGACCACAAAGUCCAGUGCCUUUGGAGGGGCACAUUUCCAAAAUGUCCAGCAGUCCACCCAAAGCUUCCUCCGUGUGGCCCAGCCUCAAUGCUGCACACAAGAAAGUUAACACCUUCUCCCCACCAAAGAGCAAGUGUCAAAAGAAAUACCGCAGCGUCAUCUCAGAUGUCUUUGAUGGGACCAUCGUCAGCUCUGUGCAGUGCCUCACCUGUGACCGGGUGUCCGUCACGCUGGAGAACUUCCAGGAUAUCUCCUUGCCCAUCCCAGGCAAGGAAGACCUGGCCAAGCUCCACUCGUCCACCCACCAGACAUCCCUGGUCAAAGCCGGCUCCUGCGGGGAAGCGUAUGCGGCGCAGGGCUGGAUCGCCUUCGUCAUGGAAUACAUCAAGAGCUGGUUCUGGGGUCCAGUGGUGACGCUACAAGAUUGUCUGGCAGCCUUCUUUGCUCGAGAUGAGCUAAAAGGAGACAACAUGUACAGCUGUGAAAAAUGCAAGAAGCUACGAAAUGGAGUCAAGUUUUGCAAAAUGCAAAGUUUGCCAGAGAUCCUGUGUAUCCACUUGAAGCGCUUCCGGCAUGAGCUGAUGUUCUCCACCAAGAUUGGCACCCACGUUUCCUUCCCACUAGAGGGCCUGGACCUGCAGCCCUUCCUGGCCAAGGACAGCUCGGCCCAGACGGCCAACUACGACCUGCUGUCGGUCAUCUGCCACCACGGCACCUCCAGCAGCGGCCACUACAUCGCCUACUGCAGGAAUGACUUCAACAACCUGUGGUAUGAGUUUGACGACCAAAGUGUGACCGAGGUCUCUGAGUCUUGCGUCCAGAAUGCUGAGGCUUACGUGCUCUUUUAUAAAAAGAGCAAUGAGGAUGCGCUGAAGGAGCGUAGGAGGGUGUCGGGCUUACUUAACAUAAUGGAGCCCAGCCUCCUCCAGUUCUACAUCUCCCGACAGUGGCUCAACAAGUUCAGGACUUUUGCCGAGCCGGGGCCUAUUUCCAACGAUGACUUCCUGUGCUCGCAUGGAGGUGUACCGCCCAACAAAGCGGCCUACAUCGACGACCUGGCCGUCAUGCUGCCUCAGAACGUGUGGGAUCACCUUUACAGCAGAUACGGCGGCGGUCCAGCUGUCAAUCACCUGUACGUCUGUCACGCGUGCCAGAUUGAGAUAGAAAAGCUGGAGAAGCGGCGCAAGUCGGAGCUGGACAUGUUUGUCCGGCUGAACAAGGCGUUCCAGGAGGAGGAGUCUCCAGUGGUCAUAUACUGCAUCAGCAUGCAGUGGUUUCGCGAGUGGGAGGCUUUCGUCAAAGCCAAAGACAACGAUCCACCAGGACCCAUUGAUAAUUCCAAGAUAACGGUGAACAAGGGUGGCCAUUUAACACUCAAACAAGGGGCGGACUCGGGCCAGAUCUCGGAGGAGACGUGGAACUUCCUCCACGCCAUCUACGGUGGCGGGCCCCUGGUGACAGUGCGGCCCAACAUCAGCCACCAGGAGGUGGAGACAUCCCAGUCGGAGGAAAAGAUCGAGGUGGAGACACGCUCUCUUUAAGGCGGCAAGUUGACUUUGCACAUGACUUUGGUUUGAUUGAUGAAGCGCCAAGGACCUGAUGAUCUCCGAGAGGGAAGCAAGCUUUGUGCUUGUACAAAAGAGCUCCUGGCUUUCUGUUAGCUUCUUUUCACAUUUGAAACAUGUGCAGCUAAGAAAAAUCACAUCCACUGAAUGCCAUAAUGCUUGUAUUAUUUUUUUGUUCUUCCUGACCAAAAAAGCACAUAACACACGUUUUUUCGUCUUGUUUUUGCUGAUCAUCACAAUACGUCUUGCUGUCAAUAUGACAUUAUGCUGUUGUAUUCUGGGACUGUCCUAGGAGGGACGUUGUGAGACUUGUGGCAUGACCACUGAUAUGAAGGGAAUACAGUGGAACCUCGCUUUUCCUAAUUCAUUGCUUCCAAAUGUCCGACCAAAACCAAAACGUACAAAAACUGAGGCAGUUUUCCCCACUCCCUCAGCGGGUGCGCUGGAGUGUAAAUUUCAAUUAGGUCCGAGAUGUAUCGAGGGGCCAGCCCAUUCAACGACUUAAAAACAAACAAUAUCUUAAAAUCAAUUCUAAAACAAACAGGGAGCCAGUGCAGGGAGGCUAGAAUUGGGGUGAUAUGCUCCCUUUUUUUCCUGUUAAAAGCUGUGCUGCAGAGUUCUGGACUAACUGUAUGCCGUUUCUCACCUGCAUCAAAUUGCUGCCACUUGCAACUUUCUUUGGCCCAAUGGUGGGCCAUUGAGCAGCCACAGUCAAUAAUAAAAUGUAUGGACAGUGAGUCAGCAACACUGGUACUUGGUUUUGGCACUUGAUACAGUCUUGGAACGAUACAGUACAGGACAAAGGGACUAGUUUGUUACAUGCGAUAUUUUACCAAAACAGAGAAUAUUUUGGUGAAAAUUUUCAACCAAAACUGGGGAAAUGAAAAGCGAGGUUUGACUGUACUUAUUAAUCUGACUAGUCUCAGGAAUGACGUGUGUGUGUGUGUGAUGGACAUGCUCCGUCACGCUUGAAUGUACAGUUGUAUGUUGGUUCAGACUCAGCACUUGGUUAUUUAUCACAUCAAGAAUGAAAGUUCUUAGUUUUGUAUAAAGAGAUAGCUUAAGAAUGCAUGUUUUUAACAUUAAAAAAGGAAAAAUCUCAUCCAACGUCUUGUAGAUGCUAAAUGUGCACUCAAUAAUCAGCAUCAUUAGCGGCAGUCUCAUGAAGGGCAUUCUUCUCAUCUGGGCAUGGCUGCUGCAUAUUGAACAGAAUGCUGUAAUCUUUAUGUUAGCUUACGGACCAUUAAGGAAGAUAUCUUCUGAUUUUUGUUGCCUC